GAAAAAACCUCAAAAAUGGAUGAUUUUUUAGCAAAAGUCUCUAUUGCAGCAGCAACAUUCGCAAUACGUAGCGGAGUAAGUAUUGCGGGAGGUAUUGCUCUGCGUCAGGUUUCUCGGUACAUUAAAGACAUGCCUUCUCAGGCUCAACGUCAAAUGUUAGAUUCUUUAAAAAAACAGCUUGAACAAAAGAUACGGAUUGUUACUCCAGCAAUUGAUUUGAUUGAGAUUAUUUCAGCACGAGGAAAUACAAGUCUUGGGAGUACGGUUCAUCUAACGAAUUCACUUCGUAGAGAUAUAAAUGCAUUUGCGAAGCGUGUAAGUGAUGCAGCAGAUGAGCAAGAAAUAUCGAAACAUAUUAAUAAAAAUAAUAUGGGAGUUAUUAUGACAGAUAUGAAGAAUCUUCUUUCAAGAAUUGAAGAUGCUGUUCCUCUUAUAUCUCUUGCAUUAACUACAUCAGGUGCAAACAUUUCAUCUUCACUACCAAAUACAGUUUCACCAUCUCGAUUAUUGCAAGCGUCAUCAUUUUUGAUUUCAGCAGAUUCAUUGUUUUGUAAAACCCCAUAUCCUAAAUUCCAGCAAGUUGGACCGGUUUUUAUAUUGAAACUUUAUACUAUUUUUUCAGGAAGUGCUAGGGUUGCACAUAUGAUUUCAACAAGUGAUAUUACAUGGAAGGAAGAGCAUGCUAAAUGUCUAGUAUCUAUUAUUCGGGUGGAUUUAAAUGAUUAUUCGGAAUCAAAAAGCGAUUUAGCGCGUAAAAGAGCAAAUGAAUAUGCAUAUGAAUUACAAGUGAUUGAGGAUUUAAAUGAUGGAAGAUAUCAUGAAGAAAUAGAAAAAAAAAGAGUAAAAAAAAACAAAGACGGACAUAUAUAUGGUUCUAAAAGAAAUAUACCCAUUCAUCUGAUUUCGAGACUUUUUUUUAAUGCUUCUGGAAGACUUCUUAAUAUCGAGGAAGCAAAAACACCAGUUCUUGUUCUAAAACUCAACCAUGCGCUCUCACCUCCAAGAAAACUAUUAGAAUCAAUUAGGGACGAUAACACGGAAGAUGAUGGAAAUCAAGGAAAUGUUGAUGAAGAAUCAUUUUAUGAUAAAAUUAAUGACCCUGAAAAUAUUGAAUGGAUUGCAUUUGAAAUUUGGAAUGAUGACGUAGAUGAUGAAGAUAAAAGUCAAGAUGAUACAGGCAGUAAUGUAAGUGAUAUUAGUGAAAGUUCAAGUGAAAAUGAUGAGUAUGAUAAUAUCUAUGAAAACGUAAAUAAUGGAGAGAGUUGUAAUAAUGAUGAGAAAUAUUUAAAAAAUAUGUCAUCUUCUGAUAAUCAAAAAGCAUCUAAGGAAACUAUUAAUGAUAAAAAUAAAACUUUGAAAUCAGAAGAACAAAUAGAUGAAUUUUCUGCAGCAUUGAAAGCAUUAGACAUUAAUGUUGAAAGUACAAAUGAAAUUUUAGAGCUACAAAAAAAUUCCAGCACCAAUUUAGCCACUUUAUCUCUUCUUGAAUAUAUCAUUAGAUUGACAGCGUUGCAAACAUCUGAACAAACAUCUUUACUUUCUGUUACUGAUGAAAGAAUAUCCUUAUUUUUGAGAGAUGAUAACCAUAAUUCUCGAACAAGAGAACGGACAGGAGCUUUGGAAUAUGGAGAAACGCCACAUAGCUCUCCAUCAUCAAUAAAACUUGAAAAAGAUAGUAUAAAAUCCCAGGAAAAUCGUAGAAUUAGAAAAGAUUUAUUGCUUGAUAGUCGGAAUUCUCCAAGAAGUCCUCUUUCCCUAGGCUAG